AUGACUUGGGGCGCCCGAUCGCUGGUCUGCAACGCGACCGCGGUGCUUUUGCUAGAUCUGGCACUUAUCUCAGCGAAGACGUCCCUGGUCAUCGCGGGCUCCCCCAAAUCCACUGCAGCGGUGGACAGACUCAGGCGGGAUGACGACCAGCGCUCCGAGGUCUUCAUCGAGCACGUCAAAGGGGUGGACGACACGCAGGCGGCUCUCUCGCUUUUCAUCGGGUUUCUCAUUCUCGGUGGCGUAAUUCUCGUCGUACUCUUCUUCCUGGGGUGCCUGCUGUUGCUUCGCCUGUCCGAGUCGUCCCGGCCGGCCAAGUACCACCGGCUGCUGUCUUCUCAGGAAACAUGCAGCCACCGCCACCACAGCCACAGUGUGACUGGCCAGGAACGGUCGCAGGUGUUCACCUACGUGGACCUAACCACCGCCGACGGCUCCUGCCAGGACCAUCGACAACUGGCGCCGCGUUUCUUGGCCAAGUUUCAGACAGCCACCAAAGUAGACGUGAGUGACUCAGAAUCGCGUCUGGAGCAACAGCGAGGGGAGGAACUCUCGGCUGAAGCGCGGAGUCAACUGGCGAAAACGAGUCUUCCCUUCAGUGCCGGCACCGCGGGUGUACCCCCAGUGCGCCGCGCCAGAUCUGAGGAGGUCGGUGGUUCACACACCUUUGCGGGCAAAGAGGCCGCUGGCGCCGCAGACCGUGCGUCGCAACCACCCCCGAAGCGUAUCUGCGUGCAGCGCAUUACCGGUGCACCGAAGUACCACAGCGGCUCUCUGCACGACGAACGCGGGUCGGACAAUUACGGGGAACGCAGCGCGAAAGUGACGUCCGAUGAGCCACCGAUGGAGAUAAGUGUUCGGGACCGUAUCGUCCAAGUGCGGCCGCAUGGGGACAGCAGCGGUAAUGAGUCGCCCAUUAGAAGUGGCGCCGCUCAUACGGUUCAUCAGGCGGCUCCAGGUAACAUGAAUCGCAGUAGCAGCGCACAGUACCGCGAACAGUACGACUGGAAUCGAAAUCACUCUAACUUGCCCUUGGACCAGACCACUGGUAUUAGUUCAAUCGGACCCUUUAGCCCCUGGUUACCAAGCCCGAACGGAUCAGGAACUAGUCCUCCACUUUUUCCCAACGAUUUUCACGCUUUCACGGCCAGUGAUCAUUCGUCCGAGGACACUCUGCGAUCUCAUCAAGUGAGCAAGACACUCUCCGGUCACGGCCGCUCUUACGAACAGCAUGUACCAGAUGGAAGGCGCCAUGCGACCGCUGCGGCAUGCUCCACUUCACCUCUAGGAUCUGGUGUGGAUUCUGGCCUAGUAAAACAUGACCCCUCAUCUGAGAUGACGCAGCCAUUCCAAGUACCCAAUAAUGGUUCUGGCGCUGGCUUUGUAGCCUUAAAUGCAGAUUCCGUGUCUGCUAGAACUUCGGAAACAGUGAGGAAACAAUUCGGACACGAGGCAGCUGAAGUCAAGCAAACCGUCACGUCGACAGGAAAACCAACAGAGGGAACAACGCUUCCUUUAACAAUCAAAACAAGUGUGACUUUGCAGGGAAUACCUUCGCGGCUCGCAUCUGAGACCGGCUCGCCUCAAUCCAGUGAGCCUAGAGAGCUGACGGUUCGUGUGCCAGAGAUGAUAACGUAUUUAGAACAUCCAGGUACGCCUACAACAUUUAAGGCGAACUUUAACGGGACCGCUGUGAACGACCAGACUAAUUUGCUAGUUUCAUCGGGAACACAAUCGAGAACGUCGCCUAAGGGAGGUUCGUCUCCAGUAUCUCCUAUGAUUGGCUCGAAGCCGAGCAGACAGCUGAGGCUGCCGCAGCCACCAAGGGAGCGGCAUGACAAAGAAGUUCAAGCAAACCUUCGAGUUGCAAAGUCAGCAUCGAAGCACCGAUCUUCGACAUCAGCAAGGAGGCAUCGGCGUGGCGGUCACAGCUCCGGAGAAUUGGUCACUAUGCGCGAACCUUCCGUUGAACAGGUGUCCGCGACGCAUCCUCUUCCAGAGCACGACGUAAGCUCUAGUCACCUCGACACUGCUAAAAUGAUCUAUACGACAACAGUUCCAGCUCCAAGACCCGAGACUUCACUAGUUCCCUGUGAUUCACCGCCGUCGAAAGAGUCCUCGUCAUUGGAAAUUGGACAGGAUGGACGCAUGCUCACACGAACAGAAGAAGGUUCUACUAUGCAGCACGAACCAAAUGGCGACACUGGGCAUGUCGACGAAACCACGCGUCCUGCUGAUUCCGUCAAUGUGAAGGCAGAAGUUUCCGUGACGAGUCCUUGGCCCGUUGUCGUGGCUGAAGAUAAGCCCGUGCAGCCCUCCGAGCGAAACAUAGCAGUCAUGAAGGACAGCCCGCCUGGUGAGGUGGCGAAACAUGGCGAAAACAGCGAAGCUGGCCACGUCGAGUCUGCUUUAGAAUCAUCCGCGCGGGAUAACCAUAUUGCGGGAAAAGAAAGGGAAAUGGCUGUCGAUAGCAAGUCUGACAAAGACGAGGAAAGAUUAGCCACAGCAGAGUCCCAUAAAGCUGAUGUCCACAAAGAGCACAGGGAACGUCGAGAACCAGAAACUAGACUAGAGGAUGAAACAACGAUAGAAUCUCGCGUGCAGCCCAAAUGGUUGCUCGUAGAAAGAACGAGUCAAGAGUUGGCAUCAAGCGACCAGUCUAACCAACAACUCACUACUCUUUCUGACCGCGCGUUGGCGCCACCAGUCUCUCAGCAUCCAAUCGAAAUCGGCGCCGACGCCCAUCUGGUGACUUCGCCAGCCCAUCAGACGACACUGGCUUCUUCGUCACCUAUUUCGUCACGAAGCGGUGUCAGCGUCGAUGUCAUCGAUCAGUCAAAGCCGUUGGCGAUUAAAGCCGCUGAGCACGCUACAGACGACACACGGUCGCUUGCGACAGCUGCUAGGAGAGACCUCGACGUUACUCCUUCCACUGACAUCACUAAACAUGAGCGCGCGACAGAACUAGUCGAGAGCUCUGAGCGGAAAACCUCCGUUACGACGCCGGAGGGCCACCAGAAGGCGCUGCAGGCGGAUAGCUCGAGUGCCUCGGAGGUCAGGGAAAGAACGGAAAGCACCGACGUCUUCUUCACUCCGACGUCACCCGUUGCUGCUCAAGGCAGCAAGGACCUGAUCAGCUUCAACAGCGAACCAUCGGCCAGCACGCCAGCAGAAAGAACCGAAGAAAAGAGGAUUGACACAGAGGCUCCCAAAAUGAAUGCGUCUUCCGCGAAGGACGAUGUACCUAAGCCGGAAUCCUAA